AUGGCGAUUGUUCAGGAUUACUAUGCACUGAAAGAGAACGAGAUCUGCGUCUACCAGGGCGAGAUUGUACAAAUCCUGGCCAUCAACCAGCAGAACAUGUUCCUGGUCUACCGGCCCGCCAACGACCACUCCCCGGCGGCGGAAGGCUGGAUCCCCGGCUCCGUUUUGGGGCAAAUUACUAAGACCUCUGCUGACAGUAGCGACAGAAGCAUCAAGAAGUCAUGUUCUUGGCACACUCUCCGCAUGAGGAAACGGGACGGCAAGGAGCCGAACGGCCAGUGUAAAAGCGUGGAGGGUCUGGGCAGCAAGGUGAAAGACCACAACAUUUCCGAGGAGUCGGAAUGUGAUGACUUUGACCCCGGUGCUAGCAUGGAG